UCAACGUGCGUCCUCUAAGCUGAAAGGCUUCCUCAAUCCUCAUGCUCUCUGCAACUCCAUUACCAAGAUUAUGUUUCACCGCCUGAGAACAACCAUCUCCAUCUUCAUAACUCUCCAUUAUUGAAGACAAAUCGAAGGGCAAACUUUUCCCCUUCUUUCCCAUCACUGUUUCAACACUCUCUUCUAUCGUUCUGAUGUUCUCACCGGCAAUUUACUCGCUCAAAUCCACACUGUUUCAAGUUCGCCUAUCUGUUCUCUUUGAUACUCAACCAUCCAAACCAACACGACACAGAAAGCGCCUUGCCAAAUCAAAGAUUCACGGCCCAGACUUGUUCUGUUCCUCACUCAAUCACUCAUCUUUCUUAACCGAUUCCAGCAGUUCUGUUAAACUCGAGGCCCAAUUUGUUGAAAGCAACGGUCUUUGCUCAGAGACACUGUUACCCAGUCAAUUGAGAUACUUGUGUGAAGAAAAUGGUUCUUGUUCUGAUACUUUAGCAACUAAUCAGCUGACAGAGUCCUAUGUGCUCGGCUACUUACUUCAGUCUUGUUGUAAUGUAAAAGAACUUAGGAAGGUGCAUGCCAUGGCUGUGAAGUGUGCUAAAGAAUCAAAUUUUUAUGUUGAGAACAAUCUGAUUAGCAUGUAUGUGAAACUUGGGUAUUUGGCGGAGGCCCAGAGGGUGUUUGAUAAUAUGCUGGAGAGAAAUGUUGUUUCUUGGACUGCUAUGAUCAAUGGGUAUAUGAGAUUUGGAUUGUACAAGGAAGCUAUGAGGUUGUUAGCAGAGUUUGUUCACGAGGGGUUCCAAUGGAAUUCAAAGACCUUUGUGUGUGUGUUGAAUUUGAUUGCCAGAAGAUUUGAUUUUGAGCUAGGAAAGCAAGUACAUGCCUGUGUACUAAAGAGUGGUUUUAAGGGUUUGAUUUUAGAGAGUUCUAUUUUGCAUUUUUACUCACAAUGUGGUGAUUUAGAGGGUGCUUUUCGAGUAUUUGAUAAGAUGAAAGAACGAGAUGUGGUUUCUUGGACGACUUUGAUAACUGCUUGUUCACAGCACGGGCAAGGAAAGAAGGCUCUUAUCUUGUUUUCAACAAUGGUUUCUGAUGGAUUUGAUGCAAAUGAGUUCACAGUCUGUAGUGUCCUCAAUGCUUGUGGGGAUGAGAAAGAGUUGAGAUUUGGGACUCAACUACUAGGGGCAAUAGUUAAAAGGAUAUAUAAGAUGGAUGUCUUUGUCAGGACAUCAAUUGUAGACAUGUUUGCAAAGUGUGGACAAAUUGCAAAUGCUAGGAAGAUAUUCGAUGGGACGAGGAAGAGGAACAUUGUAACGUGGACAUCUAUUAUUGCAGGAUAUGCUCGUAAUGGCCUUGCUGAAGAGGCCAUAAGUCUAUUUCGGAUAAUGACAAGGAGAAAGAUAUUUGCUAAUAAUUUGACCAUGGUUAGUGUUCUUAGGGCAUGUGGCCUACUUAGAGCUCUACAAACUGGAAAGGAAGUGCAUGCACGAAUUAUCAAGAAUUUUCCCCAAAGCAACAUUUAUAUUGGGAGUUCCCUGGUUUGGCUUUAUUGUAAAUGCGGUGAAAACUCCAUGGCAAAUAAGGUCCUCCAAGGCAUGCCUUUCAGAGACGUAGUUUCAUGGACAGCAAUGAUUUCUGGAUGUGCACAUCUAGGACACGAGCACGAGGCACUUGAAUACUUGAAGAAGAUGUUGGGUGAAGGUGUAGUACCGAACUCUUUUACCUAUUCAUCAGCCUUGAAAGCUUGCACGAAACUAGAAGACAUUGGUCGGGGGAAAUUGAUACACUCCUCCAUAAACAAGACCCCUGCAAUUUCAAAUGUGUUUGUGGGAAGUGCACUGAUCAAUAUGUAUGCAAAAUGUGGCCAUCUUCCCGAAGCUAUUCAAGUGUUUGAUAGCAUGCCAGAGAGGAACUUGGUUUCUUGGAAGGCAAUGGUAAUUGCCUAUGCAAAACAUGGGUUCUGUGGAGAGGCUUUGAAGCUCUUAUAUAGGAUGCAAGCUGAAGAUAUUGAAGUGGAUGAUUACAUCCUUUUAACAGUACUCACUGCCUGUGGAGAUUUUGAGGAGAGUGUGGAGUUGGCAACUGAUUGCCAUUUAGACAUGAACAAAUCCAGUCUAAAUUCUUGUUGACCUACUGGAGGCUAUGGAAAAGCUUAAAACUCUUAACACAUGAAGCUAUGGUGAUCACAUAUGAUAAUGAAUCAAACAGUGGAGUCAUUUGAUGCUGUUCAUUUGUCGCAGAUCAUCUAAGCUUAAGCACCGUCAUGAUUUAUAGUCCGCCUCACAGCUGUUGAGUAUAUAAUAUAUAAACAUAAAUGUGCAAUUCAACUAUCAACUUAAGCUUUUAGUUGAGAUGGAGCACAUGCUUCAAUUUGGUAUCGCCAAUGGUCAUCUAUCAGCUAUUCAGCUUAGAUUUUUAGUUGAGAUGGAGCACAUACUUCAAUUCCAGCCGACAUUCUAUAGGUUGAACUCUUGUACUAAGGGAAAAAGCUGAGCUAGACAUACAAGUAACUUUCAUUUAUAAGCAAGAAUGUAUUUCAACUUUUACAACAACUUCCAAGUAUAAUGAGUACAUAUAUUAUUGUAA